AUGGAAUUGCUGUGGAAACUUAUAAUGCUGCUGUCGUUGGUGGAGUGUCUGUCAGGAAGUGGAGUCCUGCUAAAGCCUGUCUUCACCAAACAACCAGGCAGUGUGGUUUUUCCUAUUCAAGCAGGAGAGAUACAGAGGGAGGUGGUCUUUAGCUGUGAGGCCCAAGGACAUCCAUCUCCCUUCUACAGGUGGAAACUUAAUGACUCCUUCAUCCUGCCCAGUCCGGGGUCACGGCACUCUCUCAUGGGUGGAAACUUACACAUCAGCCGUUUGAACAAAGAUGAAGAUGUUGGCAUCUAUCAGUGUCUGGCAUCAAACUCUUUUGGCACGAUUGUCAGCAGAGAGGCCAGUCUCCACGUUGCAUACCUGGAUAAUUUCAAGACACAAAGAAGAAGUCCAGUGAGGGUUCGUGAAGGUCAAGGAGUGGUCCUACUGUGUGGUCCACCUCCUCACUCUGGAGAACUUACUUUCAUGUGGAUCUUCAAUGAAUACCCGUCGUUUGUCAUCCAGGACACGCGUCGAUUUGUGUCCCAGAAAACAGGUAACCUCUACAUCGCAAAGGUGGAACCCUCUGAUGUGGGAAACUACACGUGUGUAGUCACCAACACUGUCACCAAAAGCAGCGUUCAAGGACCGCCGACGCCUUUAGUCCUGCGGGUUGAUGGUGUUAUGGGCGAAUAUGAGCCAAAGAUCGAAGUGCAGUUUCCUGAAGUUGUUCCUGUUGCUAAGAGCUCAACAGUCAAACUGGAAUGUUUUGCACUUGGAAACCCAGUGCCAACCAUCAGCUGGAGGAGAGUGGAUGGGGCCUCAUUUAGCAGGAAGGUGGACAUAAAUAAAGCCAGUGGUGUUUUAGAGAUCCCAUAUUUCCAGCUGGAGGAUGCAGGAGUGUACGAAUGUGUUGCUGAAAACAGCAGAGGAAGAAACUCAGUUCAAGGAAAACUGUCUUUCUAUGCUCCACCACAGCUGAUUGAGAAACCUCAGGAUGUUCAGAAGACCAUUGAUGACACUCUAGUGUGGGAAUGCAAAGCCAAUGCAAAGCCCAAACCCUCAUACCACUGGCUGAAAAAUGGAGACCCUCUGGAUCUCAUGGAGGACAGAGUUCAGGUAAAUAAUGGAGUGCUGACAAUCAGCAGCCUAAAUCUGGCAGACAUUGGAAUGUACCAGUGUGUGGCGGAGAACAAGCAUGGUCGAAUCUUCACCAACGCCGAGCUCCGUGUCAUUGCCAUUGCCCCAGACUUCUCCCAGAAUCUGCUAAAGGCUCAAACCUUAGCACGACAAAGUGGCGAUGUUCUGAUCGAAUGUAAGCCCAGAAUGUCUCCUCGUGGCAUUAUUUCUUGGAGGAAAGGAAAAGAAGCUCUGCGAGAAAGUCACAGAAUUAUGGUGUUGGAUAGUGGAAGCCUUCGGAUAUCUAACGUUACGAAAAUAGAUGCAGGACUCUAUACGUGUGUAGCCAGAAACCAGUUUGGAGUGGCAAGCAGUUCUGGCAGCCUUUUGGUUAAAGAGGCAACAGUGAUCACGAGUCCAGCAGGCCACCUGGAUGUGACUGUGGGUGAGAGCAUUGUGCUGCCCUGUCAGGUUUCACACGAUCCAACACUUGACCUGAAGUUCACCUGGUUCUUCAACGAGCAGCUCAUCCACUUCGGAAGCCACGGCUCCUUCUUUGAAAAAGUUGGUGGGCGAUCAGCUGGGGACAUUAUGAUACGAAACAUUCAACUGAGGCAUGCUGGGAAAUACACCUGCGCUGUUCAGACCAAGGUGGACAGUGUGUCCAUCGCCACAGAUGUAGUUGUCAGAGGUCCUCCAGGUCCACCUUUGGACUGUCAGGUGACUGAGAUCACAGAGACCACAGCCUCUUUAUCCUGGAGACCUGGGUUGGACAACCAUAGCCCCAUCCUCAGCUACACCAUCCAGGCCAGAACACCCUUUUCUCUCGGAUGGCAAGCUGUUACCACUGUUCCUGAAUUUCUAAGGGGGAAACAUCUCUCUGCUUCUGUUGUUGACCUGAGCCCCUGGGUGGAGUAUGAGUUCAGAGUUCUGGCAACCAACGGUAUAGGAACAGGAGAGCCCAGCAAACCCUCUAAGAAGGCCCGCACCAAGGAAAUGCUUCCCAGGGUGACUCCAGCGAGAGUGAAUGGUGGUGGUGGGGGACGUUCAGAGCUCGUCAUCACGUGGGAACCUGUCCCUGAGGAGCUACAGAGUGGUCCGGGCUUUGGAUAUGUGGUUGCUUUCCGCCCACUCGGGACACAGGGCUGGAUGCAAGCUGCUGUCACAUCCCCGGAAGCUUCUAGAUACGUGUUCAAGAAUGAAAGUAUUCCACCCUUCUCCCCUUACCAAGUCAAAGUCGGGGUAUACAACAACAAGGGUGAAGGACCUUUCAGUCCAGUGACUACCAUCUAUUCAGCAGAAGAAGAGCCCAGUAGACCUCCGGGGAGGCUGAGGGCGAGGAGCGUAUCAGCAUCCGAGGUGGAGGUCACCUGGAAGCCGCUGGUUUGGAGCAACAGCCGCAGACAUAUCCUGGGCUAUGAGCUGCAGUACUGGGGGGAGAAAGUAAAGCAGGAUGCAGCCAGUGUGAUCAGAACAGUGGGGAAUAAAACAACAGUACUCAUCAGGGAUCUGGAGGGCAGCAGUACCUACUGCAUGUCCCUAAGGGCCUAUAACAGUGCUGGAGUGGGUCCACAGAGCAGCGUAGUCAAUGUCACAACCAAGAAGCCACCACCCAGCCAAGCCCCAGAUAAAAUAAGGUGGAACACUUCUGACUCCAAGGUCAUUCUGCGGUGGGACCAGGUGCACGCCCUGGAGAACGAGUCAGAAGUCACGGGAUACAAGGUGAUGUACAGCCAGGACAAACACAGCCGGCCUAGUGUGGUGGAGACCAACAACACCUCCUUGGAGUUGUCGCUGCCAGUCAACCAAGACUACGUGAUCCAGAUUAAACCCUUCAGUGAGGGAGGGGAAGGCAGCAGCAGCCCCCAGAUUACAAUCCCCAAGAUUGAAGGCUCCGUAGCCGUGGGAGCAGCCCCGGAGCUGUUGCCAUUUCAACUUGUCAUCUUUGCAGCGCAACUCCUCACAACCAGAAUGGUGCUAUGACAAACGCCCAGGCACUACAGCGUCUUACUCUGUGAAGGAAAAACAAAAAACAGCAGGUCAGAGACAACACAAGGCCAACAGCCGCAUUUCCUCCUGCUCCCUUUUCUAUCCUGCUGAGUCCUUCCUCUUCUCGCUACAAAGAUCCUUUUGUGAGGAAGAUUCUUUUCUGUCGCAGUUCUAAAGUGGUUGCUGAAAGGAACUGGCUCUUUCAGAGUUUGUUUUUAUGAAACUGAAAGAACGCCUUGACCUGAAUGACUCCAGUCUCUUUGAAGAUUAUUUUUUUCUCGUCUCGUUUCCAACUAGUGGAUAUCCUCAUUCGCUUUUCGCCUUGG